UGUUCCACAUCUUGGCCCUGAUUCUCCUGGCUCCGCUGGUCGGCUCGCUUCUCCUCCUGCCCAUCCCCACCUACGGGAAGAAGGCGCCCUCAUCGGGCCCGGCCAUCCCGGCCAAGCUGUCCUGGAUGCUGCAGGAGUCGCCGCCCGUGUUCUGGGGCAUCUUCUUCAUCGGCCGGCACCUGUACUCGCGACUGACCCAGCCGGACGUGGCGCACGCCUCCUUCUGGCAUCUCCUCCUGGCGGUGCACUUUGCCCUGCACUACGUCUACCGCGCCUUUGUCUACCCCUUCAAGAUGAGCCCCUCCUCUCGGCCGGUCCCGCUGCACAUUGCCCUUUUUGCCUUCCUCUUUUGCCUGCUCAAUGGCUACGUCAUCCUCGGGCUGCUGCUGUCAUCGCCGGCCACGGCGGUCUCGCCCCGGGACUAUGGGAUCUCCUGGUCCUCGCACAUCUUCUUCCUCGGGCUGCUGAUCUUCCACAUCGGCGCAUGGGGCAACCGCCGGGCGGACCGGCGCCUGGCUGCCAUGCGCGCGGCCCCCGGGCCCGGGACUGUCCGGCGCAACAACUACAUCCUCCCCACCGGUGGCAUGUACAACCUGGUGUCCAGCCCGCACUAUCUGGCUGAGCUCUUCGAGUGGGCCGGCUUCGCGGUGGCCACCAUCGGCCUGCCCUUCACCCCGUACUCGGUGGCCCUGGAUCGGAUCGCCAUCUCGGCCAGCGCGGCCUCGGUCCUGCCCUCCUCCCUGGCCGGGGUCUUCUCCUCGGCCGAGUGGCUGCUGCCCAAUCUGCCGACCAUCUCCCGCGUGGCGCUGGCCUUCUGGCUCUUUGCCUUUGCCAACCUCGCCCCGCGCGCGUGGACCACGCACACCUGGUACCGCGAGCAGUUCGGCAACAAGUACCCCUCCUCCCGGCGCGCGCUCAUCCCCUACAUCCUGUGA